ACACACCUCGGGACUCCUGAAAGGGUUAUUCAGUGUGGGGCUGGCUGUAAAAAUGCUAUUGGCUGAUCCUUGGCGCGGCCAAAGUACAACCCGAAUGUCUUCUCUCUCCAUUCAGCGCUUUUGUUAUUUUGGCUGAAAGGAAGUCGCAGGCGCUCCCCUCUGGCAGGCCCAAGAUGGAGCAGCAGAGCCCGGCCAAGAAGGAGGGGAGGCUGACGCUCAUACUUUCAUUGGCGACGCUGAUAGCCGCCUUUGGGUCAUCCUUCCAGUAUGGGUACAACGUGGCCGCUGUUAAUUCCCCUGCCGAGCUCAUGAAAGAGUUUUAUAACCAGACCUACUAUGAGCGCAACAAUAACUACAUAAACGAGUUUUCCUUGACGUUGCUGUGGUCUGUUUCUGUGUCCAUGUUCCCGUUUGGAGGCUUCCUGGGCUCCCUCAUGGUCGGCCCCUUGGUGAAUAAAUUUGGCAGGAAAGGGACUUUGCUCUUCAACAACAUCUUCUCCAUUGUACCCGCGAUCUUAAUGGGGUGCAGCGAGGUCGCCCGGUCGUUCGAGAUGAUCAUUGUGUCCAGACUUUUGGUGGGAAUAUGUGCAGGUCUGUCUUCCAACGUUGUCCCCAUGUACCUGGGGGAGCUGGCCCCCAAAAACCUGAGGGGAGCCCUCGGGGUGGUCCCUCAGGUCUUCAUCACUGUCGGCAUCCUCGUGGCUCAGAUCUUUGGUCUCCGGAGCCUCCUGGCCAACAAAGAAGGCUGGCCCAUCCUGCUCGGGCUGACCGGGAUCCCAGCGGCCCUGCAGCUUCUCCUCUUGCCCUUCUUCCCCGAGAGCCCCCGGUACCUGCUGAUUCAAAAGAAGGAUGAGGCGGCUGCCAAAAACGCGCUGAAGAAGCUGCGGGGCUGGGACGACGUGGGCUCGGAGAUGGAGGAGAUCCGGCAGGAGGACGAGGCGGAGAAGGCGGCAGGCUUCAUCUCCGUGCUCAAGCUGUUCAGCAUGAGGUCCUUGCGGUGGCAGGUCAUCUCCAUCAUCAUCCUCAUGGGCGGCCAGCAGCUGUCGGGGGUGAACGCGAUCUACUACUACGCAGACCAGAUCUACCUGAGCGCAGGGGUGAACCAUCAUGACGUCCAGUACGUGACUGUGGGCACCGGGGCCGUCAACGUGCUGAUGACCGCCUGUGCCGUGUUCAUAGUGGAGCUCCUGGGGCGAAGGGUCCUUCUCCUCCUGGGCUUCUCCGUCUGCUUCGCCGCCUGCUGCGUGCUGACAGCCGCUCUGGCCCUGCAGGACACAAUAUCCUGGAUGCCUUACGUCAGCAUCGCCUGCGUCAUCUCCUACGUGGUCGGACACGCCCUCGGGCCCAGUCCCAUCCCCGCGCUGCUGAUCACCGAGAUCUUCCUGCAGUCCUCCCGGCCGUCUGCCUUCAUGGUGGGGGGCAGCGUCCACUGGCUCUCCAACUUCACCGUGGGCUUGAUCUUCCCAUUCAUCCAAGUGGGCCUCGGACCUUACAGCUUCAUCAUUUUUGCUGUGAUAUGCCUUCUCACCACCAUCUACAUCUUCCUGGUUGUCCCUGAGACCAAGGGCAAGACAUUCAUGGAGAUCAACCAGAUUUUCACCAAGAUGAAUAAGGUGUCAGAGGUGCACCCGGAGAAGGAGGAACUGAAGGACUUCCCGAUCUCUGCUUCGGGGCUGUAACUCAGAAGAGGAGCUGAUAAGCGGGUCUGAGUGGAGCGUCCCUCCUGGGCUUUCUUCCUGACCACCAGGUGUCUGUGAACAUCUGAGGACCAGCCCGGUGUGGAGCGCAGGCCCCACUGGGACCGUCCAAAGGGCUGCUGUCUCUCUCCACAUUGACCCACCACCAACCCCAGCUCGCAGUGAGCAGGCGCCCUCACCGAGCUGGGUUCGCCAUUGGGUGGCCCCUGAUCACACCAGCUCUUACGACCAAAGUCAUUACUGGGGUGGCAGGACGGAAGGAACCCCAUCUACCAGAGAAGCGAACUCUUCUGCAGUCCCACAGGUCUGCUCGGGACCAGAGGCAGUCUUCCUCUUGCCGUAUCCAUCUCCAGAAACACCAGCCCUGGAAAGUGUGAUGUCCCAUGUAAUGACUUUUAAGAAGCUGGGACAGGUUCCCGCGGGGACUUUACCGGAGUUGGAGAUUAUUAAUCGUGAAUUAUAUUGCUGGAGGACAAUAGCAUUGCCUCUGUGUGCUCAAUAAAACACGUAUGAUCACUUCUCACCAA